GAUGCUUUAGACUCUUACACAUCUGUCGCAAAUGCUCCAAAAGCUGCUAAAAGCACAUACUUGACGAAGUCUUUUGCCUACUCCCGAGGUGCCGGAGCUUCCGUCGACGAAGAGUCCACAGUGGUCGAAAUUCAAGGAGGCCCUCGAAAAGAAGGAGACAUUAGCAUCAUUUCUCAAAUCGAGGGUGGCCAAGAGAUACUCACUGUUUGCUACACGGAGACUUGUGAGUCGCUGGCCGUAGGAGUGUCCGAUGGCACCGUCAAAUUAUACAAAGCUGGUUCUGGAGAACACGUGACAACUCUGAAAGACUCGGAAGUGACCCAAAAUCCCGGGCCCGCCACCUCCAUAAAACACCGACCCGUCCACAGAUCGCACCCCAUAACUCAGACCUUGACCGCCACGUAUGCGACUGGAUGCGUAAAAUGUUGGCACUAUCCUACGGGGCAGUGUCUAUAUACGAUUCGGGAAAAGAGGCAGACAUUGGGCUUGGCUUAUCAUCCUUAUCUCUCGAAAUUCGUCACCGUGGGGGACGACACGAAUUUGAACUUAUACGACGAGGAAACGAAGACCCAAGAGCGGAUACUUCACGCCAGCGAUGCCUCGGACGUGAUGAAUGGACACAGGUCAAGAGUCUUUUGUGCCGUCUUCAACCCUAAAUCUGCCCACGAAAUUAUUAGUGGGGGCUGGGACGACACCAUUCAAUUUUGGGACAUCAGGCAACCCUAUGCCACUCGUCAUAUCACCGGGGUGCACAUUUGUGGGGAUGGCAUUGACACGAGCAAAACUGGGAAAGAGAUUUUGACCUGCGCCUGGCAAAGGUAUAAUCCCCUCCAAUUGUGGGACUACGGUUCGGGAAAACUCAUCGACACCUUGGAGCCCGAUUGUUACAACAGCCUGCUCUAUUGUGGCAAAUAUAUGAACAAUGUUUUCGUAGUAUGCGGAGGAACCGAAACCGCUCUCAUACGAAUCGUCGACUUGCGGACGCAUUUAACCAUCGGUGCACUGAGAAACUUGGCUGGAGGCGUUUACGCUCUUGACAUAGGACCAGUGUUGACGAAAAAAGCCAAAAAGUCGAAAAUUACCGACACUCCUCCGUUGCCAAAAAUCGCAUUUUGCAGUGGGAAAACUAUUUACGAGAUAGACGUCGGAUGA